AUGGCUCCUAAAUCUCGGCCCCAAUCCAGGCCCGCGCAGAUCGCUGCAAUGAAGGAACGAAAAAUAUUGCGCACCCUCAUCACUGACACUAUUACGGAGAUCCAGGCGUACAUUAAAUACCAGCAACAAAAGAGUCUGAGGUUCAGGCUAAACUCGAGAGGACUGCGAAUCGAGCGCUCCAUAGCUUCCACGUCAUCAUCGACGCCCAUACGACUCAUCCAACCCGGGGAAGAGGAUAUACUCCUCAGUGUACGGAGACAGUCUUUGAAGUCUACACUGCUCGCGGAGCAAACACCGCACCCGCAGACCAAUCAAGAAGACGAGUGGCUCACGUUGCAAGAAUGGUUGACUCGACGAUAUGGGAUUGCCUCUCAUCUAGAAGAUGAACCUGACGAUCCAAAGAAAGAGUCUCUAAAGCAGGCAAUGGCAGGGUACAUCCGUCACCGGCAUCGCACCGACUUCGAGUUCUGGAGAAAGACGGCUGACGUCAACAUAUGUUUGAACCUGUUAGAGCAGGACAUAUCCUCGUACUGCAAACAUGACCUUACAGACCAUCAUUUGAAGGGCCCUUCCAGGAUAAAAGCCGGUCGCCCCGAGUCAGAGUCCGCAGACCCAUCAAUACUCACUCCAAAACUCGCGUUAGAGAUGGAUACACACCCCCGUUGGAUACCGUUUCUUACUUGGAUGGCUGAAGACCUCGAGUCGCUCAACCCCGCUCCUUUUACAAUGUACGACUGGUGGAACUCCAACAGCCGAGCUUUCCGGUUCCUCGAUCUUCCUGAGGAACUGCGGUACCUUGUAUACGAUCAAGUCAUCGGCCCCUACAUAUGUUUAUCGCUGAGCAAGGGCGACUCCGACGGAAACCAGCAUGUCAGAUUAUCCCGCCCUAAGCGCCGCUCCACAGACAUACAUCGCUUUGGGAAAGUGAGUGUUGACGAAAGCGAAUACCAGAUUCAGCCGAACAUGCUUGCUCUCACCUGUCAGAAAAUCUGCUUUGAAGUCAAAAAGGCCACAUGGGAGCGCACGACAGCACUGCUCAACGGUUAUCAUCACCCUUCCAUAUGUCCCACCUGGCCUCAUGUCUUCAUCCCCUAUCACGCCAUGCGUCGUAUCGAGCUCAACCUCUCCACGUCGGAUUAUUUCCGCUUCCUCGGCCUAAAAUGCGAACGACAUCAGGGCUUCGUCGAAUUGGACAACGAGAUGACCCCCGCAAUCGCCCAACUGCGCGAAAUACCAACGUUAUUCCAUCUGCAUCUCCACUUCACCACCCGUCCGCCUAUACGGAUUGGUCCUGACAAACGGAGUGAUUCCAAGGCUGGAUCAAUCGCACGGAUACAGGCUACGCCGUGGCAAAGACUGCCCCCGGUAUGCAAGUGCGAAAUACCUUGCGAUUGGUGGAACGUCCGGGGCCCGUAUCUUGAGGGCCAGGAUCCGAAUUUUCAGCCUGGUGCUAAGGAUGUUUAUGAUUACGACUUCGAUCCUGAGGAAUUCGAUCGAUUCGAUUGCAUGGACUGGGAUCAUCCGCGACCGUCAUAUUGGCGUUGUCAAUAG